AUACGCGAAAUUCUACUAAGGAAACUCUUGCGCGUCUUUGUAAAUUUGUGUUAUGAUAUAUGAAAUAUAAAUCGUGAUGAAACCGAUAAACCAGUGUCACUGCUGCCUCCAGCGCCCUUCGGCGAAAGAAUUAACAACACCGAAUACUCAUCUCGGCAUAACGGAAAUAUAUUCAGCCAUGAUUGAAGAAUGUUUUGUCAUUAAACUAACAUCGACCGCCCAUGGCGAGAGUGGUAUCUGUGAAGUGUGCCUGGAGCGGCUGCGGGAGGCCUGUCUCUUCAAGAUGCAGGUCCAGAACUGCCAGGCCGAGCUGCAGGAUAGGUUAGAUGGAGGACUAAGUCUGGAAGACGAGGAUUGUAUAGAGCUACCUGAAGAUCUACCUGAAGAUGAUGUUUGCAGCGAGUCUUCUGUAUCGUCCUCGGCUAGCGCGGCGCCCCUGUCCCUGCGCGCCAGGCAGCAGAUCGCGUUCGGGUGCUCCGUGCGGCUCGAGCGCCUCCGCAUCCCGACGGCACACCGCGAGAGCCAGCCGUGCCCCGUGACGUCACACCGCGCGACCCAGCCGUGCCGUGUGACGUCACACCGCGAGAGCCAGCCGUGCCGUGUGACGUCAGACCGCAAGAGUCAGCCGUGCCCCGUGACGUCACACCGCGAGAGCCAACCGUCCCCAGUGACGUCACACCGCGAGAGCCAGCCGCGCCCCGUGACGUCACACCGCGAGAGCCACGCUCACACACUCGAAGAACAAGCCUACACACACGAUACCCGCCCCACACUCCUCACAAACGACUCUAGUUUAAACACACAUAAACAGGAAACUAUCACACGCACACCAGUAACGAAUGUCGAUGUUUACUGCUGCGACAUGUGCAGUCGGGGAUUCACGUCAAAAGUUACUCUAAUCCGCCAUCUUUUAUUACAUACUCGUACACAACCGCCGGUGCCGGUACAUACGUGUAAUGUUUGUAAAGAAUCUUUUGUUAGUAGCUCAUUAUUGAAGAAGCAUUCAAGAUUUCACUCCGAAGACAGACCGCACGUGUGUGCAAAAUGCAACAAGCGGUUUCGAACAAAAGACGGUUUACUUGUACAUAGCGAAUCACACACUGAAGAUAAACCGUACACUUACAAUGGAGUGAAACCGCAUAAAUGUACAGAAUGUGACGCGGAGUUCGCAUAUAAACCAACGUUGGAUACACAUAUGAGGAGACACUUUGGAAGGAAAUAUGAAUGCGAUGUUUGUGAAAAGAAAUAUUCGCAUCAAAGCGCAUCUUUAUAAUCAUCUUAGAAUCCACACUGGAAAGACAUUCGUCUGCGACCAAUGUAAGAAGCAAUUCAUAAGUAAACCACACCUAUUCAGACAUAUAAAAUUCAUGGCCCUAAGCAUCAACGAGAGAGCCAUACGCGUGUCAAAAAUGUCCCAAGAAGUAUACCCGUAAAGAUGUUUUAGAUGUCCAUUAUAAAGUAAAGCAUACUGACUUGAAACCAUUUAGGUGUACUUUGUGUGACAAGCGAUUUGCUCUUGAAUAUUCUUUAGAGCUUCAUGCAAUAUCCCAUGCUCAAGACAAACCAUACAACUGUAAAGAAUGCAACAAGCAAUUCAAACGAAAAGCUAGCUUAAAGUAUCACAAACGAGCCCAUAGAGGAGAGAAACCAUACAAGUGUAAAACCUGUAACAAAUGUUUUACAUCAAAAUGAACUUUACUUAAACACGAUAUGAUUCACACCGGAGAAAAACCAUAUGGCUGUAGUGAAUGUGAUAAACGCUUCAGAAAUAGACAUAAUUUCUAUUUUCAUGUGAAAACUGACCAUGGCAAGAUGAAAGUCAGACCACAACUUUUACAAAACAUUGUUGCUUAUGAACAGGUGAGAGAAAUCGCAAGCAAUGACCAGGAAUUAAGUGGACGAGAUAGUUUAGAAACACAUACGGUUGAGAAACCAUUCAACUGCGAAGAAUGUAACAACAAGUUUACAUCGAAUGCUGAGUUAGAGAGACAUAAAAGAUUACAUACUGAUGAACAAUCAUAUGAAUGUGAAAUAUGUGAAGCAAUAUUUUUCGAUGAAAUCAAUUUGAUGAAACAUCUUGAAAAACAUAGAACGAGGUUUUAGAGCAGAGCCCAACUGGGGUAGUACCUCCGCCUUACAGAAGACCUCAGCCAAAUAGCACUAGACCCUACUCAUAGUGUUGUGUUCCUGCCGGUGAGUAAGGCUGCCAGAGCUCAACGAG